AUGACAUCCGGCGCUGGUCGAAACCGCAGGGAGCGCACCUUCGUGGGCAGCGAAUGCGCCGUCUGUGAGGAGCCUUUGGAACACACGCUGCGCGGAGAGCGCAUAUUGCAAUUCUCCUGCUCUCACGUAUCUCAUGAAGCAUGCUUUUACGAGUUUAUUCGCGAGUUUGAGUCGCAAUAUUGCCCUUCGUGCGAUGCGCCGCUGCACCUCGACACAAGCCGUGGCGGCAAUGUCUUGGAUAUCGAAAAAAUCAGUAACCUCGUUCGAUCUGUCUCAUCCAACGACGCUAGAUCAAACCACACCCCUACGCCUACGGGCCAGCCCUGGGAGAACCCGACGCCGACGCCACGCCCCACAAGCAUAGAAUCGAACCAACGGAACAUGCCCAGCACCCACACUCGCGAAAGCCUGCCUCGGAGCACUGGACGUGAAAGGGACAGCAGCCAGCCACCUACCUCAGAGCGAUAUGGCCCUUCGAGACAUGCGCGCAGCGACAGUGAGGCCACCGGCGUCGCCUCUUCUGGCGGUUAUCCCGAGACGACCCAGAGCGGCCCGCCGCGCAGGCACGACUACGACGUUCAGGCAAUGGAGACUACGCCGGGGAGCCCACGCGCAAUCACAAGAAACCCGAUUCCUGCGCCGACAGUCACGGUGCGAUCUGAAUUCCCUACCAUCAACAGGUCUCGGACUCAGCAGACUUUGACCUGUUUAAUCACCGUCGAAGUUCCCGACAACAAAUGGCGACCGGACCCAGAGGACUUGGGGACCGCCCCUCCAGGCCCCCCGGCUGUCAACGCCAGAAUCGACGAGGCUUUUGCGAGACCACCUUCUCCCGCGCGCAGUGCACCGCGGUUUUAUCCUUACGAAUCUCGGGAAGUGCUGGAGGAAAUGACGGAGAGCCUCAGGAAUCGGGUGGACAACUGGCACGGCCUUGAUUUCAGCAGAUUCGGCAAACUGCGGUUGUAUGGCACACUGCGCGUCGGCAAGGACAAGCAGUCUUGGCAAGAGUUGGAAUGUUUCCUGUUCGCCGAAAUGCUUAUCUGCGUGAAGGAGAAGAAGGUUCCAGUUCCCGGACAGUGGGAUGAGAACGGAAUGCCCAAAAAGACGACCAAGUGCACGUUGAAGGGGUCGAUUCUCAUCAAAAAGCAUCUCAACGAGGUCUCAGAAACGGGUAAUAUCGAUGAGAACAUUCUCACACUAAACCUUUCCGUGGCAGAGCUGCCACAGUUCCAUCUCAGGUUUGAGAAUCGUAACCAGCUGAAGCUUUGGCACCAAGCCCUUCUUGACUUGAACGCCGUCGAGACCUCUCCCGUGCGCAGUCCAGAAUACGACCGAGGUGACUUCUCAGAGACGGACGAGGAUGACUGGCAACGUGGAUCGCGGCAGCAGAGGGUCUCGUCGGUCGCCUCGUCCUGGGGCGGGCCCAAGUCUGUCACUACCGCGCCGACAGAGUAUACGAACUUCCAGAGGAGUCCAACCUUGCCCGCAUCCAUUCACGUCCCCAUCGACGUCGUUGUCGUUGUGCCCAUUUCAUCCUCCAUGCAGGGCGUCAAGAUCAACCUGGUCCGCGACGCCCUCAAGUUCAUGGUCAACACCCUUGGCGAGCGGGACAGGAUGGGUCUCGUCACGUUUGGUUCUGGUGGUGGUGGUGUGCCCAUUGUUGGCAUGACCACCAAGGCCUGGCCUGGCUGGGGCAACGUACUAUCGUCCAUUAAGCCGGUUGGCCAGAAGAGCCACCGCGCCGACGUGGUUGAAGGCGCCAAUGUCGCCAUGGACCUGCUCAUGCAACGCAAGUACAACAACCCUAUCGCUACUAUCAUGCUCAUCAGCGAUGCUUCGACAUCCGACGCCGACAGUGUCGACUUCGUCGUUUCGAGAGCCGAAGCUGCCAAGAUCACCAUCCACUCUUUCGGUCUGGGCAUGACUCACAAGCCCGACACCAUGAUCGAAUUGUCGACACGUACCAAGGCGUCCUACACCUACGUCAAGGACUGGAUGAUGCUUCGCGAGUGCCUUGCUGGUUGUCUUGGCGCCAUGCAGACGCUUUCCCAUCAGAAUGUGAAGCUCAAGCUUAAGCUGCCUGAAGGAUCACCGGCCAAGUUCCAUAAGAUAUCCGGUGCCUUGCAGAUUACCAAGCGGGCUACCGGUCGCGACGCUGAGGCCUCGCUUGGUGAUCUUAGAUUUGGCGACAAGCGCGACGUUCUAGUGCAGCUUGUCAUUGUGCCGGACAACACAUCGCAGGAGCAACUUCCCCAAGAUCCCUGGGACAACAUUGUCUCGGGUCUGGAGGCGCUCGGCGGCGCCGGGGAUGGCGACGAUCAACGGGUGACUUCUGUAGAGGAGGUGCCCUUGAUCCAGGCGGACCUCACAUGGGGAGACAUUCUGCGAGACGGCACGCUUUCGCACCUUCCUCGCCCGUCGCUGUUGGCAAUCACAAUGCUACCUGCCCAGGCAAAGCGAAAGGAAUCGUGGGCAAACUCGCCGCCGAUCCCUCCUCACCCGCACAUUGUUCAGCGGCGUAUGGAGCUGCUAACUUCGGAUAUGCUCACUCGCGCCUUGACCCUCGUAUCGCGCGGUCAGCACGACCGAGCACACACCCUACUGAACGAGACUCGUUCGAUCCUCAAGGGACUUGGAAAAGGUGGCCUGCCUCCAAUCCCUCCGGCACCGCCACCAAACCGAUCCCUUCCAUCCACACCACACCCAGGAAAUGAGGGCUCACCCUCCAUUACUCCCGACAGGAAGCAAUCGCCUUCGCCCACCCAAUCUGCCAAUUCCUCCGCCGUAAACGGAUAUCCUGCUGCGGGAGCGAUCGGCCGCAGCCGCUCAAACGACGGCCUUGGCCUCGGGGCUGGCAUCGAUGCCAACACCGUUGCAGCCCUGGAUUCCGAAUUGGAGAGCAGUCUGGAGUGGAUCAGCCACCCCGCUGUCUUCGGCCGCGACAGCCGCAAGGCUGUCCUUCAAGCCAUCGGGGUCAUCAGCUCUCAGCGCGCCUUCACCUUCCGCACACCCAUCGAGUCUCUUUGGGCUGGCCGGGUUACAGGCGUCAAGAAGCUUACCUCCAAGAGCCGUGAAUGGCGAGAAGAAGGAGGGGGUGAAGGUGGCAUCAUGGAGGAAGCUUAA